AUAGUCUCGAUAUGCAUAAAAGGAGGUAAUCAAUUGCGCUUACUCAUCACAUCAUCAAACAAUGAGCAGCAAAUCCUCCAACAUUUGCAUUCCCGUGCACAUGUUAACCAUGCUGAUGAUGCUUUCUUUCAUGUUAGCAUCCCCGUGUCCUACUGAUCAUGUUCAACGAUGUCAUACUGGUUGGAAUUAUUUCACUUGCAACAAUGGACGUGUAGUUGAGAUAGACAUCGGUUACUGUGACGAAAGUGACCUGAUAAAGGUAAUCAUUUCCUCAUUUCCGAGUGUUGAGUGGCUAGAAGUUUCACAUAGUAAUCUUACAGGAAACAUCCUACAACAGAUUGGCUUGCUCCAAAAUCUGACAUAUAUUUCUGUCUCAUGGAAUUAUAACACAGGAGGUACCUUUCCUGUAUACAUUACCAAUCUCACCCGAUUAGAACACCUUGACCUUUCAGAUAACAAUCUCAGCGGAAACGUCCCAUCUCAGUUAUGGAGUCUCAAGAAUUUGAAGUUUUUGGAUCUUAGCUACAAUUGGUUGACUGGUCCAAUCCUUCAAUCUUUUGCUUCCAUGGUCAAUCUCACCCAAUUAGAACACCUUGACCUUUCUGGUAACAAAUUCAGUGGUACCCUCCCAUCUGAUCAGUUGUGGAGUCUCAAGAAUUUGAAGUUUCUGGAUCUUAGCCACAAUUGGUUGACUGGUUCAAUACCUCAAUCUUUUGAUUAUAUGGUCAAUCUCACCCAAUUAGAACACCUUGACCUUUCUGGUAACUAUUUCAGCGGAAACCUCCCAUCUCAGUUGUGGAGUCUCAAGAACUUGAAGUUUCUAGAUCUUGGCCACAAUCAGUUGACCGGUCCAAUACUAACAUUUUUUGGUUCCAAGCUCGAUCUCACAAGAUUAGUACACCUCAACUUUUCCGGUAACAAUUUUAGUGGUACCCUGCCAUCUCAGUUGGGGAGUCUGAAAAAUUUAGAAUUUCUGGAUCUUAGCAGAAACAGGUUAACCAGUCCAAUCCCUCCGUCUUUUGGUUUCAUGAUCAAUCUCAAACUCCUAGACUUGAGCACAAAUCAACUAAGAGGGCCAAUUCCACAGGAACUUUGUAAUCUACAAAAGCUAGAAACAUUGAACCUUAGUAUGAAUAGCAUCACUGGCUCCAUUCCUCCACAUAUAGAAUAUCUGAAGAACAUAAAACAACUCGACCUUAAUCAUAAUCAGCUUUCUGGUGUGAUUCAUCUAGAAUUCAGAAACUUGUCUAGUCUCUCUUACCUUGAUUUUUCAUCAAACCGUUUUUCCGGGAAUGUAUCCUUUCAGUCUACCUGUACAUUACAGUAUGUAGACCUCUCUGAUAAUUUCCUGACUGGUUACAACGGAUUGAAUAACUGCUACUAUUUAUCAUAUCUGGACCUUAGUGAUAAUAUUUUUGUUGGAGAAGCAGUUAAUUGUUCGGAUUUCUUAUGGUUGGAGUACAAUAAUCUAGACAUGUCUGGGCAUUAUAGGGAAUACUGUACAGAAACUGACUUUCUACGCAAGCCCUCCAAAGAACACAAGCAUAUCCUCCUUUUGGAGAUUCUUCUUCCGAUGAUUGUUGGAUUUUGUUUCUUAGUGAUUGGUUAUGUGCUUUACCGUAAUAAAAAGGCUACCACAGAAAAAAGUCAACUAGAAAUACAAAAACAUGGAGAUGUUUGCUCGGUAUUGAAUUAUGAUGGGACACUUGCAUUCGAAGACUUCAUCAAGGCAACAGAAGACUUCGACCUCAAAUAUUGCAUUGGAACCGGUGGCUAUGGAAGUGUUUAUGAAGCGAAACUGCCUAACGGUAAAACAUUUGCUUUGAAGAAACUCCAUCGGUUUGAAGCCAAGCAACCAGCAUUUGACAAGAGUUUCAAGAACGAGAUCCAAGUCUUAACCAACCUAAGGCACAAAAACAUUGUGAAACUCUAUGGCUUUUGUUUGCAUAACCAAUGCAACUUCCUUAUAUAUGAAUACAUGGAAAAAGGGAGCCUAUUUUGUGCAUUGAAUAACAAUGAAUUCGCUGUCAUAUUGGAUUGGAAGACAAGGGUAAACAUUAUCAAACAGGUAGCCCAUGCUUUGUCAUACAUGCAUCAUGACUGCAGCCCACCCAUCAUUCAUCGAGACAUAUCAAGCAACAACAUUCUCUUGAACAAAGAAAUGGAAGGAUUUGUUGCUGACUUUGGAGCAGCCAAAUUGCUUGACCCUGAUUCCUCCGACCAAACCGUUGUCGUAGGAACUUUGGGAUACAUUGCUCCAGAACUUGCAUAUAACAUCAUUGUGAACGAAAAAUGUGAUGUGUAUAGCUUUGGAGUGCUUGCACUUGAAACAAUUGGAGGGAAGCAUCCUGGAGACCUCCUAACGUUUCUCAACUAUUCUAACCGAGAAGGUGCAACUUUGGAAAGUAUAUUUGACAAGCGACUCCCUUAUCCAACUGAUGACAGACGGAUUAAAAUGGAUAUUCUCCGUGUUUAUGAUGUUGCACUAGCAUGCAUUCGCAUGGACCCAAAUUCUCGUCCGACAAUGAGAAACGUGUCUCAGGAAUUAUCCAAGUGAUGAGUCACCAUUUGUACUUAAUGACCAUAUCUUUGUUUCGGUACCUCCCGAUUAAAACUUCUUUCACGUUUGUUUUUAUGUGAAACCUGUUUAUGUGGUCUUAUUGUUUUUUAUUCAAAACUAGUUCUCAUAUACAUAA